GCGCUAUAUAAGUUUUGUUAAAUAUAUGAUGUUGGAUGCAGGGCCAAAAGGGAGUUUGCUUUGCCAGCACCAACAACCAAACAACCUGAGAUUCCCUGCUGCUUCUCUAGUUAACUGCUUCCCUCUUGCUCAAUGGCUACCUCACCAGCUCAGGGAUAGCCAACUUAGCAUCUUCCAGAUGUUUUUUGGAGUACAACACCCAUCAUUCCUUGACCAUAGGCCACACUGGCUGGAGCUAGUAGUCUAACCACAUCUGGAGUGAGAGCCCUUUAGCUUUCCUUGAUCUGGCUCUUUAUACAUAUUUGGAAUUGUAGACUGGCUGGAUGUGUGUGGGGGGGCAGGGCUGUGUUCCCUGCACCUGCCCCUCUGACGGCUGCAUGCUGACCAUCUGCUUCCAAGCCUAUUCUGUCAUGUCAUGAAAACCCUGACAGUGCAGGAAAUGAGUGGUAUUUUUCUUGAUGGCAACAUGACAUUUGUUUCCUCUCUUUCUCAUUUCCUUUUGGCUGCCAUUUAUAGGGGACUCGGUUAGUGUUUACCAUCACACGUCAAAUCUGAGGAUAAUUGCUCUUCUACAUAUGGUAGAUGAGAAGGGGAUUCAAGUUUGCAGCAUGCUAACUGCUGAAUGAAUAAGUGAGCGACUGUCUUCUUUCGUUUGAUUUUGCUACAAAGGGUUUCCUCCCGGUAUUUGCGUCUUUUGAUUUCGCCCAGGGCAAAUGGGGUCAUCAUGCAAAAACCAGAUCUACCUUGUGACAGGCGGCUGCGGUUUUCUGGGGAAAAAUCUGGUCCAGAUGCUUCUGAAGGAGGAGCCUGGCCUUGCAGAAGUGCGUGUCUUUGACUUGCACCUCGAUGAAAGCAUGCGGCACCUGGAUAGAGUGACUCUGAUCCAGGGCGACAUCAGCAACCUGGAGGAUGUGAAGGCAGCCAUGAAAGGAGCCCACCUGGUCAUCCACACUGCCAGCCUGGUGGAUGUUUGGGGCAGAGUCUCACCUGAGAAGAUCACUGCGGUCAACGUUCAAGGAACUCAGAACAUCAUCGAAGCAUGUGUGACACAAGGAACCCAGUACCUGAUUUACACCAGCAGCAUGGAAGUGGUGGGGCCCAAUGCGAGGGGUGACCCCUUCUUCAGGGGAAACGAAGACACCAAAUAUGAGGUUAUUCACACCGAGCCUUACCCGGUUAGCAAAGCCAAGGCUGAGCACUUGGUUAUCGAAGCCAAUGGACGAGCGGUGGAAGGAGGGAAGCAGCUGGUCACUUGUGCUCUCCGGCCGACUGGCAUCUAUGGGGAGCACCACCCACUGAUGAAGCAGUUUUACGAGAAAGGGCUGAUCACCAAAAGGUGUCUGAUGCGAGCCACCCCACCCUCCACCGAGCACGGCAGGGUCUAUGUCGGCAACGUGUCUUGGAUGCACUUGCUGGUGGCCCGGAAGAUCCAGGAGUCUCCCUUGACUGUUUCAGGCCAGGUUUAUUUCUGCUACGACGACUCGCCUUACAAGAGCUACGAGGACUUCAACAUGGAGUUUCUGGGCUCCUGCGGCUUCCACCUGCUGGGCUCCCAGCCGCUGCUGCCUCCCUGGCUCCUGCGGUUCAUUGCGCUGUUCAAUGCCUUCCUGCAGUGGCUGCUGAAGCCCCUGUGCAACUAUGCGCCCAUCCUCAACCCCUACACUCUGGCUGUGGCAAGCACCACCUUCACAGUGCAGACCAGCAAGGCCAAGGAGCACUUUGGCUACAAGCCCCUCUACAGCUGGGAGGAGAGCCGGGCCCGCACUGUGAAAUGGCUCCAGGAGAUCGAUGCCCAGAGGGAUGCUGGGAAAUGAGACACGGGCCGUGUGUGCGGGGGAGAGGGACAGGGAAGCCAGGAGAGAGAGGGACUUCCCCCCUUGCUCCCCCAAAGCAGCCUAGCCCUGGGUUUUGCUUCCGCUGGAGCAUCCGAGUACAUUUCCCCACACUCUUGCAGAAGCUGUUUUUAUUAUAACCUAGUGCCGUCAAGAGUAAUUUCAUCUUGGUAGACUCUGGAUUACACUAUUGGUUUAAUCCUUGUAAUUACUAUUAUUUAUUCAUCACUCGCAAAGCCCUUAAAAGGAUGACCGGGAGAGGGUGGAAAGAGGAACUGAUCUGCGGGGAACCUGCUCCAGGAUUUGGCAGCAACCACUUUCAAUGAGAGUGUGCCAGUUCUGCCGAAAUCUGUUUUGAAUGUUGGUUAAGCAUAUAGUUUUACUUCAGUAAGAAGAGCUGUGUGCUCCACUGGUGGCUGUCAUCUGUCAAGGCCGGUAGGGUGUUAAGCAGGAGGCUAACAUUAGGGAGCGCCAGAGGCAAUGGCAGGCAGAGCUAAGGAAUGCUAGAUUGGUCCUUAUCCUCCUACCUGGUGAAUUUUACAAGGGCAGCCCUGAGACUAAGGAGAAAGAGGACACUGCCAGCUCAGUGCCACCUUCUGGGCUGGUUAAAAGAAGGCAAAUUGGUGGGCCAGGGCU